AUGUUUAAAAGUCAUUUAGAAAUGAUCGGCAGAAAUGAGACGCCGUCGAAGAAAGCCAGAUUUUGGCAAUCCUUCGUUCGGUCUCUAAAAGGAUCGGAAGACAUCAGGGCUGAGGAGAGAUACAGGCCAACACGUCGCAGUGUGUUUCCUGAAUUGCUCUCUACUUACCCAUACAGCAAAUCCAUUUAUGACGACCCCGUCGGCGCUGCUGAAAGGAUAACUGUUCCUGGCUACCGUUACCUGCCCGUCCAUCGUGAGGUCUACGGAUACUCACCACGUCCAAUCUACGCCCACAACUACCCUCGAUCCCUCGAUCACUACAGGCCAAUUUACCAUGUGCCAAGACGUGUGCGAAGAGGCGUUGACCCCUUCGACGCUCACAAGGCGUGGCAGGAUCAUUUGGACAGGAUGGCAGCCAUUGACCGCCUUUACCCAUCCCGUUACGGACUGUACUUGAAGGACCGAGCCUAUCCCAUCACCGACCUGACCGCGCCCGUCAUCGACCCACUCUCGCCCAAGAGCCUUAAGGGCAUCGAAUAUGAACCCGACAACAAGCCUCACUGGGGAUCAGGAGCGUUGCCGUCGAGACUAUCGGACGUGUUCAGUAAGGAUCCGUUUUUUGCUGAUGCCGAAAAAUGGGCCGAUUUUGACCGAUCUCUACGAGGGAGAUCUCCUACACCCGUGAAGCCAAGGAUAAGUCCGCCCCGGGAUUGUGAAGUUGCUUUCGAUUCUGACGGUGCUCCACUAUUCAACGCCGGCGGCCUGAGGCGUAGGCCAUGGGCUGAUAUUUUCAACCCUAGCCCUUCCCUGCCGAUCUCAGCGAUCACGAGGGACCCCUUCUGGUACGACUGGCCGGAGCUGAGGCCCAUGGCUCGUUGGGACCGCAGCCCUUCCUACAUCCGUGACUCGUACCUCUCGCCGGUCAAACGCACCUUCCUCUGGGACAAACAUCCGAUCAGGCCUUUAGAUCUUAUGGUGGAAGACAGAUUCACUGUGGAUGAUUUAAGCAAGACUUUUCCGUUCAUACGUAGCCUUUAA